AACUCGAAAAAUUAAUAUGAUGUAGAAACAUUUGUCACAUUCACAUACUAUUAAAGCUCUUGAAAAAAAUAAAAAACUUAAUAUAGAUAGGUAAAAAUUUGACAUCGAUUAAAAAAUGUCACAAAAUUAGAAGAGUUUGACCCAACAAAUAGAAAAAGGCCCAUAAAAAAUUGGUCUGAUAAGGUAAUUGGGUUUAGCCCAAAACUUACCCAAGUUCCAAUUUCCACAUACACUACCUAACUCACUUUGUUCAGCCCAACCGCUAUCCUCCUACUCUCAUUUUCCAUGGCGCUCGCUCGCUCUCCCUCUCUCUCUCAUCUGAAAUUCUGAACAGCGAAUAAGGCUCACCUCCAGAGAGAGAGAGAAUUGAGUGAGCCAGCCAUGGAAAACAGACUCUCAGCUUCUCUGGGCCUCCCCUCACCCAAUCAAGACCACCACCACCACCUCCAUUCCCAAACAUCCAAUGACUUCCAUAGCCUCUUCACCCAUUUCAUCACCCCAAAUUCCCAAUCUAACCUCACCCCUACCCAAAACCACAUCCCAUUCUUUGCUUCCACCACCUCCACAACCACCUCCCCCGCCCCAAAUUGGUUCUCCAAUUCCCGACCCAACACCCGGCCCAAGACCCAGAUUUUACUGAAGAACCUCACGGUGUUCGAGCGUGCCCUCAUCGGCGCAGGCGGCGGAGGCAUCGCCGGAGCCUUCACCUACUUCUGCCUCCACCCUCUGGACACCAUCAAGACGAAGCUCCAGACCAAAGGCGCCUCAGACAUUUACGCAAACGCCUUCGACGCAGUCCUCAAGACCUUCCAGACCAAGGGCAUCUCGGGAUUUUACAGCGGCAUCUCCGCGGUCAUCGUCGGCUCCACCGGCUCCUCCGCCAUCUACUUCGGCACCUGCGAGCUGGGUAAGUCGGUGCUCUCCAAAUUACCCAACUACCCUCCCGUUCUUAUCCCUCCCACGGCCGGAGCCAUGGGCAAUAUUGUCUCUUCCGCGAUUAUGGUCCCGAAGGAGCUCAUCACGCAGAGAAUGCAAGCCGGGGCCAAAGGGAGGUCGUGGCAGGUGCUGUUGAAGAUCCUGGAAAACGACGGCGUCUUGGGUCUGUACGCAGGGUACUCUGCGACAUUACUGAGGAACUUGCCUGCGGGUGUCUUGAGCUAUUCUUCGUUCGAGUAUUUGAAAUCUGCGGUUCUGAGCAAGACGAAGCAAACCCAUUUGGAGCCGAUACAGAGCGUGAUCUGUGGGGCAUUGGCCGGUGCAAUAUCGGCCUCCAUUACGACGCCGCUUGAUGUGGUGAAGACGAGGCUGAUGACUGGUGCUGCAAAGAGUGGGGUUUCGGGGACGGUGAAGCAGAUUUUAACGGAGGAAGGGUGGGUGGGGUUGACGAGAGGAGUUGGGCCCAGAGUUCUUCACAGCGCUUGCUUUUCUGCUUUGGGUUACUUUGCGUUCGAGACUGCCAGGCUUGCCAUUUUGAAUCAGUAUAUUAAGAGGAAGGAGCUGCAAAUGCAAGAAUUGGCUGUUGAUGUUGGUGUUGCUUCCUCCACAUGAUUUCAUGGUUUCUGUCACAUAAAGUAGCAUCUGUGUUGCUACAACUCCUUUUUUUUCCCCUAGCAAGAAAGAGAGGGAAAAUGAUUAUCAUGCUGUAGGAUUGAAGGCACAAUCAAUAAGAAGCACCUUAUUGGAGGGAAAAUGGAAAACUGAGUUACGUAAUUGUGUUUAACAUAGCAUUCCAAGGUACAAUUUCAUCAUCCACAGUGAAAAUGGAGGUAAAAUUAACUGUUUUUUGCUUUCUAAACCGUAUACUUACGGCACGAAAAACUUUUAGUAGCCUGAUUCUGGAUGAUGGGUCUGUAUCUUGAAUUUCUGAUGCAAGUCAUAAUACAAAGGAGCUAUAAAGUUUUGUAAGACUUUAUUCUGAAUGCUUCUUGCUGCAAUGGAAGCUUGGGUGUUUUUGAUUAGUUUAUUAUACUACUAACUUUGUUCACUGUUAGACCGCAAAUUGUUGCCUUGAAGGUAUAAGUCAAAGGCCCCAGGACAAUCUGGUAUGAAAUCUUUACUGUUAAUAUGAGCAUUGCUGUUCAUCCUACCCCCAAACUCACUUCAGCAUGAGAAUUGACACUUGUCAACAUAAUUUUUUUGGUUCCUGGUGUCUCAGCGUAGAUAUACAAAUGAACUUUUCUCCUUCAGUUCUUAGUGAAGAGAUGAUAAAUGACAGAGAGCCAUUGUGAUUAUUGUGAUGCAUACAUGUAUGUAGAUGCAAAUUGGAGAUUCCAUUGCCAAAUUUAUUUGCUCCACAGCCACACACAGCGGAAUUAGAGAUAUUUGUGCAUUCGCUGCAGCAAACAUGCAAAUAAGCAAGUAGAUUAUGUUAUGGCAUGUUUAUUUUCCUGAAAUGGGAAUUAGAAUGGUAGGAAGGAAGGGGAGCCAUUUCCAUUCAAGUUUACUGAUUUUUCAUUUUCGUAUAUUUGGGCCCAAAUGCCCAAUGACAGAAAACAAAACCAGCCAUUAUUAUCUUUGACCACUAAAUCAGGUUCAUUUUAGCUUCAA